UUUUUAGGAUUCAAGAAAAUAUUGGAUCUUCCUCAUCGGUGUGAAUUGACUCCAACAAGAUAAGAACCCCCUGCAGGAGAACUAACUAAUGAAUUAUGCUCUGCCGCUGAUAACAUCUAGAAGACUCAACAUGAAAACUAAAGUCGUAUUUUUCGCUCUACUCCAUUUGCUCAUAGUGAGCUACGGAUACGCAGAACCUACCCAAGUGCCCAAUAAUUUAGUCACUCAAACAGUUUAUGGAUUUCUGGAUUUCACGACGACAAUAGGGAAUACAGUGAUGAUCUUCUCCCCUCAGAGUUCAGCAGUGAAAAAAAUUGAUCCUCCAACAACUCCGACAGCUCCUAAGAAGGAAGUCAUCGAGAGUAAGCCGCCAAAUCUCAUUACGACAUCUCCGAUCGACAUCAAGCCUUCUAAAAUUGUGAAAGCCAUCGAAAACAAACCCACAAAACCCCUUGAGAAGAUAGUGACAGUCGUUAAUGUAAUCACCGACUCUUCCCAACUCUCGGACAAUAAAAUAACGAAACCUCCACCAUUCUCCGCAGUAAAUGUAAUUAGGGCAUCAUCCGACAACGCCGUCCAAACCCAGUUGACAAUUUCCAGCAGAGUGGAGGUGGUUGAAGCUGCCACGGUGAAGCCGUCUCCCAGCAUAAUAUCUAAAGUGGAAGUUUUAAGUGGUCCAGUGGCUUCUUCGAAGAUCGAUAUAAUUGCAAACAAAGAUCCCGAAUCUAUUCCAGAUGUUGGAGACUCUUCCCUUAUAUACAGUAACAAUAUUGGAGAGCCUGAGUACGAAUUCCUAUCCAGACAGCCUUCUGAAGUCGUCGAAGAAACUUAUAAAGUCAUAAACUUCAAGCCGGCAAGCUCUAAAUUUAUCCUGAAACCGAGACCAACCAACGAUCACAAGCAUAAGGCUACUACGAAGAAGAAUAAUUCAAUACAUCCUACAGGUUUGGUUACUAAACUUGGAGGUACACUGGUGAAAGAUGGUACUACAAUAGUACACGAAACAAGCGUUAUAGGUACAUUCAUUUCUGGUAAAUAUGCUCAGGUUCUUCAAAGUAGUUCACAUGUGGUGAACUCAUCACCGAAAGGAAAGAUAUCACCCUCUCAAACAUUGAGAAUAUUGAAGACUGCAGCGCCAUCUUCACAGAAAGGAGGAAAACACCGUCAUUUGGAACCUACACCAUCAGCUUCGAUUAACGAAGAGACCUCUGUAGAUACUAGACAAAAUGGGGGGCAUAAAUCUAAUAAAAAAAGCAGCGGUCAGAAAAGGUUUAAGAAUAGAAAUGAGGAGGUAAAUAUUAAUAAGGAUGAUAAUAAAGAGAGACCAUCCGGUGGUAAGAGGAAGUCAUCGAGCAAAUCUAACUCGAGGAGUUCUAAAAAACACACAACACACAGAACCAACAAAUCUGGUCGGGCUAAUAGAAAAUCAACCACUACAACACCAUCGUCUGUACACAGUGAAGACGAGUCUAGCGCCCCGACGACAAGAAAAUACCAAUCCAACGGCGGCAGACGCAACAAACAGAAUCGAUCCAACCCUUCGGAAUCGGCAAUUAAUAACAGCAACGGGGGUGGAUUCAGCAGGAGGGCGUAUAAGCCGAAAGUGCAAACAUCGUCGGUCGAAGUCGGCGGCGCAUCUAGCAAAUUAUUCAAAUUCAAGCUGAACCGUUCUCCCGGAAGGUGGCAGUACAAGACCACGCCGAAGCCCAGGGUGACAAUUAGGAAGCAGAACAAUCACACGACUGAGGAGGACGAUGACAAAAACGAAACGUCGCAGUCCCAUCCUGCUGGCGACGCUUCUUCGCCCUUGUCGAAUGAGGUCUCGACGCCACAAUCGAGGCAACAGGAGGAGGUUGAUGGUUUGGAGGGAUCGGAGUCAGUCGCCUCAAUAAUUGAUGACGACAGUUCUAUUGAAAACAAACUCGACGCGCCUUCCUUUCCCCUGGAGACCAUCAAAGUGGAGAUUUCCACGCCGCCGGACUUCAAAGAUAUCUACUACGAAAUUGCCACCAUCAAGUCACCAUACACUUUUCAGGUUGGCAGCGUGAAGAACACGAGAUUUAUCACAGUGACAUCAACGUUCGAAAAAAGCCUGAUCAAUACUGACGAACCCACAGUAUCGCCUACACCAUCAGCGCCUCUGACAGAAAAUAUUCUAGCAACAUCGAGCAAUUACGACAAAGACAACAAUUUCCUGGAUUCGAGCAUAGCGACGCUACCUCCGAUUUAUCUCGGAUCGGACAUGGAGACCCCGCCCUUGGAGACGGUAACAGAGACGUUCAGCACGACGGAGACGAUGUUGAAAACACAUAUAUUGCCCAUUAUUCGGAGUCCUAACGAUACCGCUACUCUCUCUUUGGUUCAGACUUACUUGAUAACUCGACUAGUUACAGCAACAAAAACGAAACCUCCAAUGGAAGCUUACGAUUUUGUCCCCAGUAAGACCCUUAAGGAGUUCAAUAGCCAUCUAGAUGAGGCUGGUUCCGAAUUGCAUUUAGAGUUAGAGUUCGGCGACCAAAACGAUCAAGAUGACGGAGUCCCCAAGCGUGUCUUUCCACCAGACAUCGAUUUAUCAGAUAUUGGAAGCAAGUUUGAUUUAUCUGACGUCGAUAAAAACAGAAUACCAGAUGGUCAUUUGCGUUUGAAGAAGGCUCACUCGACUAAUGCAAAGAAUCAGCUACUCCCAGAUUUGAAUCCUGCACAGAAUCUAGGACCCGAACAACUGCAACAGUUAGCCUUUUUACGUUUGCUCAACCCUGCUGCAGCUUUGCAACAACCUCAAGUGAUAACAACAUCAAAACCAGUUCUUAGAGUUGAGACUUUAUAUGAAUCCCACGUUAUUCCUAUAACGAAUGGUCAGCAUACAUUUUCGACUACUCUGUCGAAAAUUGUUGGUACGGUUACAAGAACAGAUUAUGAGUUUGCUACAAGCACGUUGAGUCCUGGAUUACCUCAACCUCUUCAAUUCCCGCAGGCUCCACUGUUUCCUCAGGUAGCACAAGUACAGCCACAGUUCUCUGUUAUUUCUUCUCCGGUAGUACAAACUACUAGUGUUUUAGAAACAAGGAGUAAAGUACUCAAAAUCACUUUUGGUGCGAAGACCGCCUACACUACAGUCCUCUCUUCCACUUUAGUACCAACAGUACUAACAACUUAUGUCACUUCUUCAGUUCCAGUACAGCCAACAGCAGCUUUUCCUGGAUUCUUCCCAGCACCAUACCCACCAUUCCCUUACGUAGGUUAAAAAUAUGAGAGUGAUUUUCUGAAGACUAGAGUUAAUGUACAAAGAUGAAGAAAGUUUAAGCUGUACAUAUAUUUCUUCGAACAAAAUACUCAUUCUUACGGAAAUCAAUGACAUCUGAAAAUUUCAGGACAUGAGAAUGCCAUCGACAUAUUGAAAAUUAUAGAACUGAUACCUAUGUAAUGUAUAAUUAUCGAAGAAUUUUGUAAAUAUUGUUAUUUAAGUUACCAUAAUGAUUUUCUAAAUAAAUUAAAUAAAAUUUAA